GAGUGAACGGAGGAGGGAGGAUUGAUCCGCGUCUGUUAAAGUCUUGUUCUGGUUUUUCUUGGAGUGAGGUCCGUGCCUGCCGACGCGCCUCUCCCGUGCAGCCCCCCUCAACAGCAGCUUUUUAUGGACGGACAACCUGGACUUUUCUGGGAGAGAGACGGAUCUGCAUAAUACUGGCGAAGUGGAUAAAAACGCACCGCUGGAUUCUUUUCGCACUCUCUCCUGCGUCUGUGUGCAUGAAACAGGGAGGCAGAUAUUAGUGCAGGAGGGACGGUGCAGGUCCCAGACUGGGAGGCGAACUGUCACUGUGAUUUGGGGUAAACACGUUUUUCCUGCGCGCUUUUUGCAACUUCGACUCCUUCAGCAAACCCGGGGAGCUCGACUCGUCCCCUCUCCCUCAAAAGUCGAGCUCGUCUCGCUCUCAGAGCGAGCAGACUUUCUGUUUCCCCCUCCAGAGAAACUUUCUACGUCUAAAAAAAAUAAAUAAAAAGAUCGGAUUGCAUUUUCCCCCUUCAAACAUUUUGGAGGUGAUGUCAUCGUGCUGUGUUUUGGCUGGUAUUGUGUCGAGAGGGCGCAGGGAGGAUUACUGAAGCCAGCGGCAACCAGCGGCUCGGGCGAGCGGGGAAGUCCGGGAAAUCAGGUGCAAAGUGCGGCUGUCAUUUCCUCGCCGUGUCGCGGGUGGCUGAGUCCGCCACCCAGCCACAGCUGUUCCCAUCCUCUCCAGCCACCCCUCCCUCCGUCGUCUUUCUUUCCCCUUUAUUAUCCCCUCCCAUUCUCAUUCAACACUCUCCAUAUACCCCUUUGAGCUGGACCGCUCCGGGACCUUAUCGCCCUGUCUGUCUGACACUGUCGGCCGGUGUCACCUGAGGCUCAGAGCCGUCAAAGCAUCGCGGGGGCGCAGAAAUGACCGGGGCCACCGUGCGUUACCCUGCGCCCGCAGAACCACCGUCUCGCGCUCCAGCUCUCCGUUUGCUCCAUCAGCCAGCCCAGGUAGCCCGUUCCCACCAGACGCCCACUCUGCUGUGCUGGGACUAGAUCGACGCCUUGCUCCCGUGUGUGACAGGACGAACCAUCGAGCGGCGUCCUUUUCAUCUCACAGAGUGCACGGUUAAUUCCGAGGCCGGGGGACCGUUGCGCAUUGGAUUACGCAGACGAUUGCGCACGCACUGCAUCUGUCCACGGGGGCUGAGCAUCACCGCGAGGGUCAACAAGGUCGGUUGGAGUUGGUGAUCUGUGACACGUGAGCGCGCUUUCACCUGUUCGUCUCCUCCACGGACACGCGCCGCGUUCGAAUCCCGGCCCCUUCGCCGCCUCGGCGCGUCCGGACAGCUGUUGGAGGUUGCCCGGCGGUCACAGCGCCACAGUUCCGCCGCUCACACGCCUCGCCUCGCCUCGCCUCGCCUUUAACCACUUUUACCCACGGGAGGACCGGGAGACGCUGCCGCCGAUGCCAACGGGAGUGUCCGCUGACCCUUUGACUCUGUUCAGCCUCCAGCUCAUUCAAACCACAGAGGGGAACUCUGCGGACCGUCGGACUGGCUCAGACCAAGCGAGGAGACUGUCACUGGGCCAAAUUCCAUAGUGGAGGAGGGAAGCAAUGCGGUCCCUUCUUUCCACGCUGACCGUCUUAUGUAUCCAGAUGUUGCUGGUGAUGUGCAAUCCAUUACAGCAGGUCCUCGGCGUGGACGGCGUCAACUUCAGCGUGCACGUGGAAAACCAGACGCAGGUGCGGGACACCAUGAGCCGACGACACCACCGGGUCUACCAGCUCUACAGCCGCACCAGCGGCAAACACGUCCAGGUGCUGGGGCGCCGGAUCAGCGCCCGCGGGGAGGACGGAGAUAAAUAUGCCCAGCUUGUAGUGGAGGCCGACACCUUCGGUAGCCAGGUGAGAAUCCGGGGCAAAGAGACCAACUUCUACCUGUGUAUGAACCGUCGGGGAAAACUGGUGGGAAAGGCGAGCAACCGCAGCGCCGACUGCGUCUUUGUGGAGAAGGUCCUGGAAAACCACUACACAGCUCUGAUGUCGGCACGCUACUCAGACUGGUACGUGGGCUUCACUAAGAGGGGGCGUCCUCGGCGCGGACCCCACACGCUCCCCAACCAGCAAGACGUACACUUCAUGAAGCGCUUCCCGCCUGGGGAGCAGCCCGACCUCACCACCCCCUUCCGCUUCACCACAGUCAGCAAGCGGGGCAAGAAGGUGCGGGCUACUGGCCCCCGCUAGUAUUGGGAAAUGCUAGCACCCACUGUCUUUUCAUCCCAAGCCUUGACCUAAGCCUGCCAAUGGCUAACCUAGUCAUCCCUCUGCCGUGCUCGACCGAGUGCUUCUCUUUGUUGGGGCAAACAUUGACCAAAAACUCAAUGAAUCAUUCAUGUGGUUUAGCUUUACACCUACUAAUUUGCCACUACAGCUCUUUAGAUAGUGAUCAUUCCUCUCAGUUUUAGUUUCCUUACUGGACCAACUGGACCAUUGGACUGGUCAAAUGGCUGGAGGCUCUAUGGACCCGAUUUGAGGAAACUUGAAGGGCAGCCACAAGCUCCACCAAGGCCUUUUAUUCUACCGCUACAACCACCACAAGGCCUUUAUAUCUCUUGUUCUGGACCAGUCGGACAAUGUGAAGUAUGGGAAUACAACUGGACCACACAGACAGAGGACGGAACGAGAGAGAGAGAGUGUGGGUGCUCAGCCUAUGGAUAAAAGGAAAGCAGGAAUGAGGAGAGGAAAAUCGCAGUACGGACAAAAGGGAAGGAAUCAUCUACAGACAUCAGAUGGACCAAUAAUGGACUAUUGACAUGUGACGCACUUAUUUGUCUCACUGCUUAACUGGUGGGAACCUGUGGGACAUUUGGACGAGUGAAAAGGAUGGAUGGCAAAAGGAUGAAUGAGGGAACGAUCAAGUGACUUGCUGAAUAAAUCUGUUAGGAUCUUGUAAGAAGAAGAUGAGGAAAUGUAUGUGAGGAUGUGUGUGCAUGUGCGUCUGUGUGUGUGUGUGUGUGUCUGUUUGUUUGUGUGCCCAAGUACACCAACAACCAUGAGUGAAGCUGGAUCACGAGGGACUCUGGAAAGGGAUCACCGGGUCCCUGCAUAAAGCCGUGACAACUCACCGCAGGGACUGAAGCUUUAGAAACUGGAAUGUAUAAAAACCAAGCCGCACCAAAAACCACCAGCCAAUCACAGGAAACCAAACCAUCAAGCGACCAAAGACAACUGGAGACCUUCCUCACGGCUCCUCCCUGUGCCCUGCCUCCCCCAAGGACACAACGCCCUCAGCUUAUAGCUGCAGAUGGCGACAAGCGCAGGUGUGAGCGCGACUGGGAGACUGCCGCCCCAUCACCAUAGAAACGACCCAGGGGACGAUGCUCCCAUGCGAUACCGUGGAUACAGAAUGCUGCUACCAGGACAUUCAGUGGAACGAACCAAAGUCUCACGCAUACACACAGGAGAAAAAUAUUAAAGGGAACAAUUUAUUGAAAGUAUAUAUAUAUAUAUAUAUAUAUAUAUUAUAUAUAUAUAAAAGAAAACAGAAACCCUAACUAAGCAAUCCUACUAUGGUGGUUACUAUAAUUAUUACGAUAAAAUUAUUUCAUUUAUUUAUUUCAGCUCUGUGUGCAGCAGUCUUUCUCGACUCAGUAAACCUUACAGAAACAUUU